AUGGUUGAGACCACCCUUUUCAACAGUCAAAAUAGGGGGUGCUACUGCAUUGGGAUGGGUGGUUGUGCCCAAAAAGGUGAAUGGUCUGAGACCACUGAGUGGUCUUGGACCCUCUUAAGGCUAAAAAAUGACCACUUUUGGUACCCUAUUAGGGUCUCAGACCAUGCUGACUGGACUGAGUGGAUAGCGAGCUCCCAAAUCUCCAAGAUCUACGAACAAAUGUCUAUCGCCGUCGACCGCCAAGCGACCCAAAUCUGGGUCCUCAACGUUGGAGAUCUCAAGCCCUCAGAACGAGAGACAGAGUUUUUCCUCGCAUAUGGCUGUGACGCCAGCCUCUGGAACCCGGACAACCUCGACGACUUCGUGCUCGCGGACGAGGUCGAGACGCUGUUCGAGAAUGACUUUAAUCUGGAGACGCGCUACCACGCGCUGCUAGGCAGCAAAUGGGAGCAUAUGAUGGAUGAGACGCCAGCCCAUGACGAACUCGAUGCCACUAAUCUCGCGAGUGCAGAAGAACAAACAGGCGACACCCGGGCCGAUGAGGUACCGUCCCUCUUCAUCGACCAAUUUGACCCGAUUUCCGAUCGUUACAUUGACAUUGGCGCGGGGGUACCCACACCCUUCAUGUUCACUGUUGAAGUGCAGAUCUUUGCGCGUGUAGAUUGGACGAAGCUGGACGAGGGCCUGAGUACGGCGGUUCUCAACUUCACCGCGUUCGGACCGGACAACAAGGUGCUGACCGUGAAUGCAUUCGGCUCACCACGGAAUCUAGUGCAGGCGUUUAUCGUCGCGAACAAGACGACGCCAAGUGCCGGUUUCAAAGGGUUCGUCGGAGCAGGGGGUGCCGUAUCGUUUGAGGCGCAGCGCGCAACGCGGAGCAACUCCGUCAGUGGUAUGGUCCGGCGCACGCUCCCCGGGCUCCGCAAGACGCUCUCGGGCGUGACGCCCUUCCCGCGACUCAGCAACGAGAACAACUUCACCGCUGGCGCGGGGCCGUUCCUGGAGUACGACUUCUACACGUUCAGCAGCAGCACGAACGUGACUGUAAUCACCUGCCUUCUGCCAUCGGAAAACGGUUUGGGAGCGGACCGCCCGCUGGGCUGCGCGGUGCAGCUUGACAACGCGCCAGUCCAGAGCAACUACUUCCCGUCGCUGGCUCCAGGGCUGGAGCCUCAGCAAUGGAAAGGAUUUGUUGUGGAGGAGAUCAUCCGGAUGAGAAAUGUAUUUGUCUGCAGCCUGGUUUGCAUAUGCUCAAGGUGAGUGUCUCUUUUUCAUGAUUGAGCUGGCGGUGGUGGUCCAGAUGAUUGCAGAGGAUACUGGAGGCCACAAGUCAAGUUAUCUGGGCCCACCAACAAGUUUAAGUGUGAAGGAACGGACAGGGGAAAUUGAAGAUAAGAUCACAUGUGCCUGAUCAUGUGACCAUGCACUGCCACCUCUCAAACAUAUAUAAGACUGGCCUCAUCAAAUCUUGCUGAUCCCCUUCUUGCUUUUGACCACUACAGUUGCUUCUACUGUCUUGCUCCUUUGCAGCUUCCUCUGGUCUAUUAAGUCAUCUGACUUAGUCAUUUGAUCCUAUCUAUUAUCAACUAUCAUGAAUAUGGAUCUAUGUUACAGUCUUGUGAGACAUCUCUGGUAAAUGCACUACCAGCUUUUUGAUAACUUGAUUGGCAGAAUGGGUUUCAAGAUCUGUUUCAAGCAAUGGAAUCAGAGUCCAUAGCACUCGAUUUACUGCUUCAAACCCAGGUCUAUGCAGUCAAGAACUAUGUGGAACCUGAGAUCUCUGUGGAUAGUGUCUUUAUGUGACAAUCAACAAGAAAUAAUGUCGAAAAGAGAAGUCAAUUUGAAGACUGGAGAAUACAACCAAGUAGCUACAGUAUUUAUACCCAAAUCUAGUCUGAGUCAUAUCUACAACUAAUGAGUCAUAAGGCUAUGUACUGCAUGGAGCACUGGUUAUGGGUUGUAGUAGAACCUUCCGGAGCAUAUGUUGUGCAGCCUCGAAUCAAUAAAGAUAAUCCCUGGAACCCCUAG